UUUUAUGACGUUUUCCAAAGCCAAACAAGCUCUCAAGGGGAAUCAAUAUACCUAAACCAGUAUCCACACUGCGCAGCACAGACACAGAGAAGGAGGGGAAGAAGAAGAAUGGAGGACAUGAAGAAGAGAAAGCUGGGAGAAGCAUCGACUGACGGAGAGACAUCAUCAGAGGAAGAGAUGCGUUUACUGCUUGACCCUCUCCCUAAACCUCAGCUCGUCCAUCUUCUUUCUAAACUAGGAUCCCAAUAUCCCUCAAUUGCAGAAGAAAUUAGAAGUAUUGCCAGUGCAGAUCCUGUCCAUCGAAAGCUUUUUGUUCGUGGCUUGGCCUGGAAUACCACUUCAGAAACCUUGUGUGCUGCGUUUCUAAUGCAUGGAGAGAUAGAAGAAGGAGCUGUGAUCUAUGACAAAGCAACAGGAAAAUCACGUGGUUAUGGUUUCAUUACUUACAAAAAUAUGGAGUCAGCUCAGAGUGCAUUGAGAGCACCUAGUAAAAUGAUUGAUGGCCGAUUGGCUGUUUGUAAUCUUGCUUGUGAGGGCUUAAAUGGAGCAAGUACAACACAAGAUUUAGCCCAGAGGAAGCUCUACAUCGGGGGCUUGUCACCAGAUAUCACUAGUGAGAAGCUGCUUGAAUUUUUUGGGAAGUAUGGCGAUAUAGAAGAAGGUUCAGUUGCAUAUGACAAAGAUACAAAUGAAUCACGUGGAUUUGGCUUUGUGACAUACAAGACAGUGGACUCUGCGAAGAGGGCCAUAGAUGAUCCAAACAAGAUGCUUGGGGGGAGGAAUAUUAUUGUGAAGCUAGCCGAUUCCCACAAGGGCAAAUCGCAACAAACACAGUUACCCACAGCAGUGGUUCCAAUGGCCUUACCUAUGGCAGCUGGAUACCAACAGCCUGGAAAUGCACACGCAGGCACUGUUCCUGUUGGCUACUCUUACCCUCAAACUGUAGCAUCAUACCCUCCUCCUUCUUUCCCUAGUCCUCCUACUGCACCUGCUCCAUACCAGACACAACCUCAAAUUCACUAUGCACCAGUCAACUUAAAGAAAGAUCCCCUUGGACUCCCAUCAACACCAGUGGGAAUUGGCGGCUACCCAUAUUACAUUUCCAAACAAUAACCUUGGUACCUGGUUUUGUGGAUCUGGGAAACUGUUUGGUGAGAAUAGGUGUUGCCAAUUUGAAGAUGGCAUGGAAUCUCUAAUGUUGGAUAAUUGUUUCUUGUAAUGUUAGUCAAGAAUAAUGAAAUCGAGUUUAUUUACAGUGGUAGGGUUAGCUUCUCACUAGUUAAUGUUUUUAUCUUUGCUUGGAUUAAAAGUAGAGACUAAUAAUGAAGUUCUUACUAUUGGUUUCUUGUUGGAUAUUUGUUUCUUGUAAUGUUAGCCAAAAAGAAUGGAAUCGAGUUUAUUUA